AUGAUUGGUGCACUGUCUCGAGCUCGCUGCCAAACGGCACCAUUACGAUGCGUACGAGCGACCCGUGUAAUGGCAUUCCACGCAAAAGCACCUGUCAUGAACGAACAACAGGAACUUCCACCUAACGUCGCAACGCCUACCAGCAACAACUCGACCUUGAGUGCGUUCGGUGCUCGUGUAGGCCUGCAGUCGCUCAGCCCCUCGCUUUUGGAACAAGCCGUGACACAUUCUUCAGCAACGAACUUGACUUAUCUCGGCAAGCGUGUCCUUGGACUAUACGCGACUGAGUAUCUGCACAGCAAGUACCCAUCGAUGCACAUGUCUGCAUUCAACGAAGUAUUGAAGAAAUACAUUGGAUACCGAUCGCUAUCACAUAUCGGCCGCGAGGUUGGACUACAGGAUGUUGUGCGUCGGGAGCAUGACGAGGAGGUGCAAUCGACCGUCCUGGCCGAAUGCUUCAAUGCAUUGGUUGGUGCUCUUUACCAGGAACAAGGCCCCGAAGCUGCCAAAAAAUUCGUACACGCCCAUAUCUUGUCGCGCGAACUCGACGUACGACCUCUGAUCAAACUGGAGAACCCAAAGCGAUACUUGUCGGCAUUAAUGAAAAAGACGGGUCAGGAAGCACCCGUGUCACGCCUCCUUUCUGAAACGGGUCGUCUGUCAAGCGCACCUGUGUUUGUCAUUGGCGUGUUCUCGGGUGAAAACAAGUUGGGCGAAGGAUUUGGCAGUUCGUUAAAGAUGGCAGAAUACAGAGCUUGUCAAGAUGCACUGGCAUCACAUUAUGGCAAGGAGGAAAAGGACUUUGUGCUGCCUUCGGACGCUGACAAAGUGGACAACUAUAAACCCGCAGCCUUGGGAUGCACAGAAGCCAUCGUUUAA